AUGAUCCGAGAGAAGAUAACAGAUUUUCUGACUUAUGCAUGUUGGCCUUCCAAAGUGAGAAAACUUGUCACUGGUCUUGUUCGAGCUAUUAUCAUGGGCGAUCCAGUCGAAACACUGAAGUAUCUUUUACCAAAAACAUGUGAAUCUAUCAACAAGAUCAUGAAUGAUCCAGAAGGAAAUGCUUUAUUAACCGAUCACAAAGGUGACAAAGAACUUACCUGGUAUUUAGUUCUUUUCUCGGAACUUGUCCGUGUUCGUGGUGAUGCUCUAAUGAUUUACAAAGAAAUGAUUAUCUCGGUGUUUCAUCAAUGUAUACAAAUUAUUCAUAAAGGUUCAUAUAAAGCUGUUGCUAGUGCAGCUAAGCAUUUACUCAAAUCACUCACUCAUAUAUAUAUGAUCAAUACUCGAUUGACAGUUGAAAAUAUCGAUGGACCAUUUAUCGACUUUUUGCCUAUACGAGCAUGGGGUCAACCUGUCGAUGUCGAUAAAGUUCAAGUUCAAUUCCAUAUACCUAAUGAUGAUGAACUUGAUUUUGUUCGUGAAUUUGUUGAGACAUUCUUGUAUGUCGAACUGGAUUUAUUGAAGGAGAAAAGCUCGAAACUAUCCAAUGGUGAACGAUUGAGAUCACUGACAAUUGUUCAUCACAUCGCCAUUGGAUGUUUUCGCAUAGUGUCACGUAUCGGUAGUCCAAAUGUACAAAAUUUAGUACCAACAGUUGUUCCCUACAGUGCACAAUCUCAAGCUCAAUAUUCGAUGUAUUUCAAAGAGCCUAAAUUUCGAGAAAAUUUGCGAUGGCGUCUUCUCAUUAACAUUGGAAAAUUACUCGACAUGCUUGUAGACAACCAGUCGGAUGACGUUUCAUCCAUCAAAAUGGCACAUAAAAUCUACUCAGCCAUAUCUAUCGGCUAUGGCGUAUCUAAACAACGUACUAAUGAAUUGCACAAAGAAUUUCAAUCUAGCAAACAGUUAAUAAAAAAUAGACUCUGUGGUGAACGACAAAAUCCUCGAUUUUUAACUAUGAAGAGAAUAUCGUUACAAAUCGAACUAUUCGAAAUGAUUGAGUAUGGAACGUUGACUGAAAUCGACAAACAAGUCGCACUAAAAUUGUUCGAACUAUCAAUAAAUCGAUACAGUGAAAUACGUCGUCAUGCACAAAUCGAAUUGUUCUCCGUUCUUAGUCGUUAUCGUUUUUCAUUACAAGUUAUUGUCGAUCGUAUUAUAGAACUACUCAAUACAUCGAGCGAAGUCGAUCAUGAUCAAAUCAAAUAUGCUACAAAAGGUAUAGCGGCAAUUUGUCGUUUGCAAAAACCACCUCGAAUCUAUGUUGAAAAGUCUUUUGAUGAGCUUCUUCACGAAAACAAGAAACAAUCGUCAACAGUCAUCAUGCGUGAUGAAUGCAAUCCAGGCGAUCGAAACGAUAAUUUUUGGGUAACAAUUGAUGGUUAUAAACCACCCGAAACUCAAACUGAAUGGGAACAAAUGUGCUUUUUGGAUAAAACAUUUCAUGGUUAUUACACAUGGCCAAAAGUGAUUAAAUAUCCGAUGAAUAAACGAGCACGUUACACACAAAAUGAUAUGCCAGAACAAGUGGCCAUCAUUUAUAAUCGUUUUAUUGACAAGAACUUUAUUAUACAAUCAACAAAAUUAAUGAUUUCAGAUGAGAACACUGACGAGAUCAUGUUCAUUUAUGUCCGAUUUACUAUGUUCAAGUGUCUCUUCCGCAAUUUUGGCCUUGCAUUUGUUGAUAAUUUCAUGGAACAAUUGUACGUACUCAUUCAUGAAAAGACACACGAGAAGCAAGAAGGUAGCCAUCGAGUGGCAGCCGAAAUUGUAGCUGGAAUGAUUCGUGGUUCAAAAUAUUGGACAUUAGAAAUGGAACAUGGAGAUCCUCGUCGAAUGUAUCGACUUAUUGAUUUUAUUCGUACAUUGAUCAAUAAUCAAAUCAGUUCGAAUACUUUCAAUGAAACAUCUCGUUGGUCUCUCAUUCAAACUUUGAAAAUGUUUCAAUGGCGUAUUCCAUCAAUUUGGUGCACUAUAUAUGAACAUGCCAAAGAACUACUUGAUCAUUCAUUCAAACCUGUCCGCGAACAUAUUGCCGAGUAA